AAACAUCAUCAUCGCUCCUUCACCUCAAUCAGGAAGCACGGAUACGCUGUUUUUCUUUCUGUUUUUUAACUAACGGAGACACUUUUUUGGUGGGGGGUGAGAGCUGCAGCCGCUUAUAAAUCAGAGAGGAAGGGGGAGGAAGGCGCUCUUCUGAACGAUGCUGUGAAAGGAAAAAAUAUACACAUAUAUAUAUAUAAUAAUAAUAACAAUAAUAACUCCACUGUGAACCUCUGCUGAAAGAAGACUUACAGUUCGGUUUACAUCCAGUGCAAGACUCAACUGUGGAUGUAUUUGACACAGACUAACCGGAGAAGGCCUCUGUCAGCAGCAUGGGACAGCAUCUAGGAAAAAGGGAGACACCUGCAGACAGCAAGGCUUCAUCACCUGAACCCAAAGCGACAGCAGCAGCAGCAGCAGCAGCACCAAAGGAAGCAGCCGAUCCCGACUCACCGGAUGAAGUUUUUGGCCUGGUCGAGGCAGAUGCGAAGCAGAACAAUGGCUGCGUCUCGGAGAAGCCGGCGGUGACUGACUCCACGGGCGCUGAGGGCCCCCUCCAGCCCUGGAGCCCGGCCAGCACAGCUGACCCUGACGCCGCCACGCCACGCCCCCACCUGGUCCGCCUCUUCUCCCGAGAUGCCCCGGGCCGCGAGGACAACACCUUCAAAGAGCGACCCUCGGAGUCGGACGAGCUGCAGACCAUCCAGGAGCACAGCGGAGCGGCGUCGGAGUGCGGGUCGGAGAGCCCCGAGCAGGACUUAGAAUAGGCUGACUUUUUUUUAUUUUUAUUUUUUAUUUUACCGUUUGGUUGCUCGUUUCCCUUCUACUUUCUUUUUUCUCGGUUUUUUUCCUUCUACCCCAACACUCUUUUGAGCUUUGCUCUCUUAUUAUAGAGAGUGACGAAAAAAAAAAGUAGAUUC